UUUCAAUUUUAAAUCUCCCGCCAUAAAAAAUCCUUCCCACAAUUCAAGAAAUCUAUUGUUCGUGACGUCACUGCUCUCCCUUCGCCAUUUUGAAAUUUCCGUUGAUCGUCAAACAGGCUGUCCCUAUCGGGUGCCAUCUCGGCCUCAUUAAUGAUUAAAAUCAAUAGAGCUUUCACCAAAUUGACGAUUAAUAUCUCACGAUUCAUUUGAAGCAAAGCAUCGCGACUGAAUAUGGCUGCUGGCACUGGUGAGAUGCAAUGGUGUUUCUCACAGGUGAAAGGCACAAUUGAAGAAGAUGUUACAGAAGCUGACAUCAUCUCUUGUGUUGAGUUCAACCAUGAUGGGGAGCUACUGGCUACUGGAGACAAAGGUGGUAGAGUUGUGAUAUUCCAGCGCGACCAGCAGAGCAGUCCAGGCUUGCAGCGCCGUGGGGAAUACAACGUCUACAGCACCUUCCAGAGCCAUGAGCCUGAGUUUGACUACCUGAAGAGUUUGGAAAUCGAGGAAAAGAUUAACAAGAUCAGAUGGCUAGAGAGAGCCAAUCCUGCUCAUUUCCUACUGUCUACCAAUGAUAAAACUGUGAAGCUAUGGAAAGUAACAGAGAGAGAUAGACGCCCACAAGGCUACAACCUAAAGGAAGAAGGUGGAACAACACGCACUUCAACAGAUAUCACCACUCUAAAGGUGCCUGUAUUCAAACCUAUGGAGCUCAUGGUUGAAGCUAGUCCACGUAGAAUAUUUGCUAACGCUCACACGUACCACAUCAAUUCCAUAUCUGUCAACAGCGACCAGGAGACUUACAUGUCAGCAGAUGACCUCAGGAUUAACCUCUGGCAUUUAGAAAUCACAGACCAAAGCUUUAAUAUAGUAGAUAUCAAACCUACCAAUAUGGAGGAGUUAACAGAGGUCAUCACUGCAGCAGAAUUUCACCCAACUGAGUGUAAUCAGUUUGUCUACUCCAGUAGUAAGGGUACUAUACGCCUUUGUGACAUGAGGUCUCAGGCUUUGUGUGACCAGCAUUCAAAAAUAUUUGAGGAACCAGAGGACCCUACAAACCGAAGUUUCUUCUCUGAAAUCAUUUCCAGUAUAUCUGAUGUGAAAUUUAGCCACAAUGGGCGCUACUUAAUCACUAGGGACUACCUCUCUGUAAAAGUAUGGGACUUACACAUGGACUCGAAACCAAUAGAAACAUACCAAGUGCAUGAGUACCUUAGAAGCAAGCUGUGUUCGCUCUAUGAGAAUGACUGUAUCUUCGAUAAGUUUGAAUGUGCAUGGAGCGGAAAUGACAGGAACAUCAUGACUGGCUCGUAUAACAACUUCUUCAGGAUGUUUGAUAGGGAAACUAAGCGAGACAACACAUUAGAAGCCUCUAGAGAAAAUAUGAAGCCUAGUACCAUAUUAAAACAAAGAAAAAUAAGUACGGGAGGCAAGCGAAAAAAGGACGAGAUUAGUGUUGACUGUUUAGACUUCAAUAAGAAGAUACUGCACACAGCUUGGCACCCUAGUGAAAAUAUUAUAGCUGUAGCAGCAACAAACAAUUUAUAUUUGUUCCAAAAUAAGGAAUAGUUUGCUGACUAUGCUUAGCUGAAUUUUCAAUGUUGAUUGCCGCAGUGUCUGGCAUUGGAUAAUAUUGUGCCUGUCGAUAUGUCACUGCUGGAGUAAUAUAUGGAAGAGUGUUGUACCUCCCAAUUAUUGACGUGGAAUCAUUCAUGUUAAAUUGGGAUAAGUCACCACAGGAGAUCUUGUUUGAUGCUCCAUUAUGUCCUUAUUAGGAUUGAACUGUCUCGGCAGGAAUAGAACGAUGCUUGCUAAAUACAAGUUAACUUACAGGCCAACACGGGGCACUGAAUUUUCCCCACUCUGUAUCAGCACUCACCGAUACACUGAUCUGCCACAUAGGGGCUCCACGAGGUAAAUCAAGUAUCCAUUAAGGAGCCCCCAUUUCAUAGUCAUUCUGAAAGUGCAUAUUCUGGAAAUAUGUCUACCCAAUCAUGUCAUGAAAAUUUCCACCAGAUUGACUGAGUUGAUCAUUUAUUCAUCUAUAUGCCCAUACCAUAGGUAAAAUGUGACUGGGCAUGUAAUCUUUCAAAAAUUAAGGAAGUAUUUAUGUCAUUUUGGUACAAUUUAGAGGAUUUAUUACAUCCAUUCUCUAUUCCUCGGAAAUUUCAUUUCUGCUGUAUUUGUUGUAUAUUUAUAAACAUGAGCCAGUGACAUUUUAUUCAUGGGUGGGUUGACGGUUUCCAUCACAAAUCUUGUCAUGAUUGCCUGAUUCUUACCUUUAUCAAAAUGUAUCACAUUAUCAGAAGUUUCGGAGGAUGUGAGACCAUCUUAUAUACAUCUUGUUUACAGGUGUCUUUCUGCAUCUUUUCUGUGAAAUUGGACAAUGUUGCCUCACAUUCAUCUCAAGUUGCAAUUUGUUUUGCAGAUAUACAGUAAAUUAUAAUUCAUAUGGAGAUGCAUUUUGAUGUGUUAAAGGCUAAUAUUUUUGUCAAAUGAUUGCCAAGGUUACGAUGUCAAUCAGGUCUCACUCAUAUCAUUUUCACAAUUAAUUUCCCUAUUGAUAAAUAUGAAAAUAUAUUGAUACAAGAAUAGACAUUUUACUUUAGAAACCAAUGAACUUCCACUUAUCAACACACUCUGAAAAAUGUUAGCAUUCGCUUAAAGUCACAAAUUAUGCACAUUUGAGAGUUGACUGUUUCUUGUAAUUACCUCCCUCUCAAUUGUCAAACUACAUCAUAACAUGUAUUUAUAUUUUUUGUAUUUUCAAACAUGAAUUUAUCAGCUUUUCAAAUUUGAAUUCAGAUUUUUAAAUGCUAAUUAAGGGGAUAUCUUCUAUCAUAAAUUCAUUGUUGGAAGUGUUUAUACUCAAAAAAUGAAGGAAAAUCAUGAGAUGUUUUGAUGAAGGUAUUUUGAGUAAAAUUUGUUGAUUACUAGGGUAUUUAGAAACUGAGAUGACCACUUCUGAAUUAUGUGUAGCAUAAUAAACCAAAAAUGAAGUAUAUAUUACACAUGUAUAUAUUACUUAUCUACUGCCGACUGUAUCGCAUGUUAUAAAAUGAAAAUUACUGAUGUAUAUUUAUUAUUAUUUGUAGCAAUGCUGAAACUGUUAACUGUGAAAUCUACUCAUGCAUUCCUUAUGUGUAAGUGAAAGUUGCCGACAGUCCUUAAUCAGUUAAAAAUGAAUUCAGACCACACAAAGCUCUUCUCCAGGUUGAUAAAAAAGAUUUCCUGUUAUUUAGAGAUAAAAAUAUGCAAUCAUGCUGCAUUAAGCAUUUGAUUUGGCUCAUCUUUUUAUUUCUGUUUCUCAUUCAAUAACGCAUACACUAAAUAUAUAACAUUGUCCAUAUUUGCCAAAAUCUCAAAUUUAUUUUAUAAUCAAAAUAUAUACUGUUAAUCCUAAUACAAAAGGUAUUCAUGCAACUGAGCAUUGAAGAUUUAAACCUUUGAGCAUACUGUAAUAAAGUUAACUUCAUGAUCAGUAAUGUGCAUGUACACACUGGUGUUUCAAUCUUAACUUUAAACAUUUCUCUUGAGGCUGUACACUAAACUGUAUGAUUGUUGCUAUAUUCGUUGUCCUUUUAAAUGCAACAUGAUGCUUUAAAAAGCAUGAUAUGAAUCAAGAUUUAUUUGUUGACCAUUAACUUUUAUGUGUACCCCUUAACAUGUGUGUGUGUUUUUACAAGAACAUUCAUGGUGAGAACAUGUCCCUUUUAUGUAAUAUUUAUAUCCAUAUAAACUUUGUAAAGCCAGUCUUACACAAUCCCCUAAGAAAACUUAGCUAUAGCUUUUUCACUGUUCCACAACUAGUUACUUUGACGGAACGUCAAUGUAAAGUCAAAUUGCAGAUUAUAAUUUGGCACAAAGCUAGAAAAUAUAGUCUUGCUUUAAUAAGUUUCUUUUUGUUAAUGAAGUU